GGGGUGGCACGGGGGGUCCCGCCGGCCGGGGCGGUCCGGCGCCGGGAGGGGUGCUUCACCGGAAGGCGCCAGCCCCGGGCCGUGCGCGGGAAGGGGAGCCCUGCAGGUCGAGGAAAGGGCUUGUGCGAAGACCUCGGAGCCUGGCGCGUUUGUGGACCGAGGAAGGCGCCGCGAGGCUUGGGGAGCGAGGGAGGCGGCGGAGGGGGUAGACCGCCCGGUCCCGGAGCCUGGAGGCCCCCCCGAGGGAACUGGGGUUCAUCGUAUAGCCCGGGUGGCGGCUUUUUGCAAAUCGUGUUUGUGCUGAGUGUGUGCUACGUGCAAAGAGUGCUCUAGGCACCGGGGACGCAGCCGCGGACGGAACAGCGCCUGCCCCGGCGGAGCCGACGUCCUGGGGUGAGACGGACGGACCGGAAGCCCAGCAAAUACGAGAAAUACCUGUCGCGGGUCGGGUGGCACGUCCCUGGAGAAAAGUAAAGCAGAGGCAGUGGAUCUCCUGAUGUCGGGGUGCAGCACCGUGCCUGCCAUGCAGUACGCCGUGGGCGUGCCCCCCGCGCUGGUGCGGAGAGGCCUCCUGGGAAGGGACUUCCUGGCGACCAGGACGCUGUGCAGCCCGGGCGCCCGGCAGCCCCGAGAGGACAGGCCUGAGGAGGAGGCCCUGCGGCUGCCCCAGCGCCUGGCGGUGCAGGGCCGGGCCCUGGGGCACCGCCUUCAGCAGCGCGCCGCCGCCAAGGCCACCGCCUGGUGGGAGAGAUACGAGGAGUUUGUGGGGCUCAAUGAGGUCCGAGAGGCCCAGGGGAACGUGGCGGAGGCCGAGAAGGUGUUCAUGGUGGCUCGAGGCCUUGUCCGCGAGGCUCAGGAGCAGGUGGAGGUGCAGCAGGCCAAGCUGAAGGAGGUGAGGGACCGCCUGGACCGUAUCUCCAAGGAGGACAGCCAGUACCUGGAGCUGGCCACCCUGGAGCACCGCAUGCUGCAGGAGGAGAAGAGGCUGCGCACAGCCUACCUGCGGGCCGAAGACGCCGAGCGAGAGAAGUUCUCCCUCUUCUCGGCGGCCGUGCGGGAAAGCCACGAGAAGGAGCGCACGCGGGCCGAGAGGACCAAGAACUGGUCCCUCAUCGGGUCGGUCCUGGGGGCCCUGAUCGGCGUGGCCGGCUCCACCUACGUGAACCGCGUGCGGCUGCAGGAGCUGAAGGCCUUGCUGCUGGAGGCCCAGAAGGGGCCCGUGAGCCUCCAGGAGGCCAUUCGGGAACAGGCGUCCAGCUACUCCCUCCAGCACCGGGACCUGCACGACCUCAUAGCGGACCUGAGGGGCCUGGUCCAGGCUGAGCCGGGGCCGAGCUCUGGGGCCCAGGCAGGGACCCCCGCCCGGGACAGUGACGCCGACGUCCUCUCAGCCGCCCUGAGAGAGCAGCUCAGCCACUCCCGGCAGGUCCGUUCCUGUCUGGAGGGUUUGCGAGAGCAGCUCGGCCGCCUGGAGAAGACUUUCGGCCAAGUGGCCGGGGUGGUGCAGCUGGCGAAGGCCGCCGACCCGGCUCUGCCUGGCUCUGCGCUGGAGCCGGGGGGCCUGGUCUUGGUGCUGCCGGACAUGGAGCAGCGGCUGGAAGCCCAGGUCAACAGGAACACCAUCUACAGCACGCUGGUCACCUGCCUGACGAUCGUGGCCGCCAUGCCAGUGCUCUACGUGCUGUUCAGGGCCAGCUAGCCCGGACUGGCUCCGAGGGCCUCGCUGGCUGGUGUGGAUGCAGUAGAGGGUCCUGGUGGGGAAGUGAGUCUUGGGGGCCACACGCCACCUCGGCCUGAGCCGGUACCGUCGGUGUGGUGCCUGGCAGACCGACACAUUUUCCUUCUUGGGCGCUGCUCAUCUGUAUUAAUUAUGGAAACUUUGUGCUAACAUCUCAUGAACGUGUCUUUGCGUUUGUGUUAUUUAAUUUAUAUCAACUGAGUUUUACUUUUUGAAAGUUGAGAUUCAAGACUCGAGGGUUUGCAAAGAACUUAUAUACUUAUUAGAGGCCUGGUGCACAACAUUCGUGCACUGUGGAGGGGGUGGUCCCUCAGCCCGGCCUGUGCCCUCUCGCAGCGCUCCCCCUGUAGGAGUGCACUGACCACCAAGGGACAUCUGCUCCUGCAUUGAGCGUCUGCCCCCUGGUGGUCAGUGCACAUCAUAGCGACUGGUCGUUCCACCAUUCGAUCAAUUUGCAUAUUACCCUUUUAUUAUAUAGGAUGUGCAUAGCCCACGGGCACAGGCAAAAGGGUAGUGAAGACCUGGGGGGUUGAGGACGGGGGUUAAGGGGGGGGGUGGGAGAUAUCUGUAAUAUCAACAAUUUAAAAAACAUUUUAAAAAAUUAAAACUAUUUAAAAAAUAAAACAACAAAAGACUUGA